AUGCUAGGUUUGCAAUAUGGCUUUGAGUACUGUCUUUAUCCAUUAACCUUUUCUUUAUCCAAUUUUUUCAAAAUAAACCCCAAUCAAACCGCUAUCAUUAAGAGAAGAAAGAGAAAUGGACCACAAAAAGUUCUUCAAAUCCACAUCAAGAAUCUGAUUGUGGAGAAACGUUUUAUCCAAGAAUCCAUGACUCGAGCCGAAACAGCGAGAACGUUUGGUGUUUUGUGGGCGCUGACCAACAAUAUCAGCGACAAGUUCGAUAUAGACGGAACGGUAGAGCCCAGGAAGCGAGGCAGAUCUCGCGAAGAAAACCAGCAUAUAACCGAUGAGCACUCGAAGUUCAUCUCAGACGUUUUGAAAGAAUGCUGCACCUUGACUCUUGGUCAAAUGAGAAAGGAGCUGUCAAGGAAUUUUUUGGUGCUCCAAGAGUUCACUUUAAAGAGGACAAAGCCUGUGGAAAAAAAGGGAAACGAUCCAAAGACAAUUGAGCUGAGAAAAGCGUACAUAGACAGUAUGCACACGAAUUGUGUAUCGUACAAGAUGAACCGCUUUUUUGUAGACAAAGCAGACUUUAAUGCAAGCCUGAUCAGAGUCCAAGGGUGGUCCAAGAAAGGCGAGGCCAGCAUUGUGAAGACGAAGAUAAAAAGGGGACUUAACAUCUGGAUUCUUGCCGGUAUUUCUUACCAGGUCGUAAAGAGUUUGUAG